AUGGCCGUCGGCAAGAACAAGCGUUUGUCAAAGGGCAAGAAGGGCCUCAAGAAGAGAACCGACCCCUUCGCCAGGAAGGACUGGUUCUCAAUCAAGGCUCCCUCCACCUUCCAGAUCAGAGAUGUUGGAAAGACGCUUGUGAACAGGACGACCGGUCUCAAGAACGCAAACGACGCGCUGAAGGGCCGGAUAAUCGAGGUGUCACUGGCGGAUCUACAGAAGGACGAGGACCACGCGUUCCGCAAGGUCAAGCUACGGGUGGACGAGGUGCAGGGCAAGAACUGCCUGACCAACUUCCACGGCCUCGACUUCACCUCCGACAAGCUGCGCUCGCUCGUGCGGAAGUGGCAGACCCUGAUCGAAGCCAACGUGGUCGUCAAGACCACCGACGACUACCUCCUCCGCCUCUUCGCCAUCGCCUUCACCAAGCGACGACCCAACCAGAUCAAGAAGACCACCUACGCCGCCUCCUCCCAGAUUCGCGCCAUCCGGAAGAAGAUGGUUGAGAUUAUGCAGCGUGAGGCUUCGAGCUGCUCGCUAUCUCAGCUCACCACCAAGCUCAUCCCGGAGGUCAUGGGCCGUGAGAUUGAGAAGUCGACACAGGGAAUCUAUCCUCUCCAGAACGUCUACGUGCGCAAGGUGAAGCUUCUUAAGGCACCGAAGUUCGAUCUCGGUGCUCUUCUCAACCUGCACGGCGAGUCGACGGCGGACGAGUCGGGACAGAAGGUUGAGCGGGAAUUCAAGGAGACGGUGCUGGAGAGCGUGUAA